AUGUCUUCCAGAAACACUGCCGAACGCGAUGCUUCCGAUAAGAAUCCUAAAACUUCUUCCUGGACAUCCAAGCUACUCCACCGCAGGUCUGACUCCAGGGGAACGGGCACGAACGAACAACCGAGCGGACAGGCCACAUCGGCGUCUGACUUCCUCAGCGCUGAUUCUGCAAACGAAACUGCUCAAAGUCUCGUCCCAACCGGAUACCGCUCUGACGUUGAGACCGUGAUCACCGCCGGCGGAUUUGACGAGUCGGUGCUGAACAUACCCAAGGUCAAGCCCGUUGGGACGUGGAAAGACUUCGUGGUCUCCCUCAUUGAGGAGAAUCUCGGCGAAGAUCCUUUGCAUUCCGCUUACACCUUUCGCAUCGAAUGGGGCCCAGAGUCUAAAGGCGAACCGUACUCCCAGCUGCCAUCCUACCCAAAAGGAAUGGUGCUUUACCCCGGAAAGGUAGCUCGAUACUCCCUGCAGCCAUCGGAACCAGGGAAAAACGCCACCGAGAAUCUUGACCAUUCUGCGAGUGGACCACUCCAUCUCACAGACGAGAUGUUCGCGAUGCUCGAAAAGACCUCCACUGAAGAAGCUAUCGAUGUUCGAAUCAAGAAUGUCGAUGUAUUCAUGUUUACGGAGAAGCCACGUGACCCCCAGGAGCUUUUGGAGACUAUGGACGGCACGCUGACCAAGAAAGCCACGAAACAAAGACUUCACGUGACGUUCGCCCACAAUUGGAAUCCCGUUCACAGGGAUCUAUUCGAGAGUGACGAAAUCACAAAGACACUGAAGGGAAAGGGACCUCUGCAAUCUUAG